CUGACGGAGACGCCGUACGGCAGGCGCGUCAAGGUGGGCAAGAAGGCGCGGCGGAAGUUCCUGCAGUGGCUGUGGAUGUACACGCACUGCCCGGUGCUGUACACUUGGAAGGACCUGGGCGCGCGCUUCUGGCCGCGCUACAUCAAGGAGGGGAACUGCUUCAGCGAGCGCUCGUGCUCCUUCCCCGAGGGCAUGUCCUGCAAGCCGGUCAAGUCGGUGACCAAGACCUUCCUGCGGUGGUACUGCCAAGGCUUCCUGCGGCAGAAGUACUGCACGUGGAUACCGGUGCAGUACCCUAUCAUCUCCGAGUGCAAAUGCUCCUGCUGAGCAGCGCGUGCGCGCGAGAGAGGGCUUAUCGAUUAUGAAUGAUUGCACUGUUUACCCACGGACAGGGACGUGUGG